AUGGAUAAGAACACCAUCCAAAUAAAAAGGUACGAACACAUGAUGAACCUUGCAGAUCAAACGGAACACUCUGAAGAAGAAUUCAUAGAUGAAGAAAAUGAAUUAGUUUCAACAAAUUCUGAUGGAGAUCCACCUUAUUAUUCGGAGGAAUCAGAUUCCGACGAUUCCUUGAUUCUAAGUUCUGAUAAUGAGGGAGAGGAAAAUGAGGAAAUAAGAAAUAAUUUAGAGACACUGCAAGACACUAACAAUAUUGAGACAAACCUCAAGGAAACUAGUGAUUCAGAUUCAAUAGCAUCGGAAACGCCUAUAAUCGAGGCAAAUCAAGAAUGGAACAUUCCGCAAGGCAACCACAAAGAUUUCGGUUGUUCAUAUCGAGAAUCAGAAGGAAUACGUCCGGAAUUCGCAGCUGCAAUGAUAAAUGAGAGCCCUUUGCAACAUUUUCGUUUAUUCCUAGAUAGUCAGAUCCUUGAAGAAAUGGUUUCUCAAACAAAUUUGUAUGCUACCCAGGUUAGCAUGGCUGCAUCGGUUAUACCAGCAAAUUCACGAAUCCGUAAAUGGUAUCCAACCAGUCCUGAUGAAAUGCUGAAAUUCUUGGGAUUGAUAGGAUACAUGGGACUAGUGAAAAUGCCAUCAAUUAGACAUUAUUGGAGUCGCAAACUUCUGUAUAGAAAUAGUGUGUCGAAUAUCAUGAGUCGCAACAGAUUCGAAUUGCUGUUACACUUUUGGCAUUUCACCGAUAACGAGAUGUGUCCACCAGGAAACAGAGUUCAUAAAUUCCAACCAUUUCUUGAUACACUUGUGAAAAAGUAUCAGCAAGUUUUCACACCAGGCAGCACAUUCUGCAUCGAUGAAUCACUCGUGCCAUUUAGGGGACGCCUCAUUUUCAAACAGUAUAUACCCCUAAAGACUCAUAAAUAUGGAAUAAAAAUAUUCAAACUUUGUAGUGGAGGAGGAUAUACCUGGAAUAUGAGAAUUUACUGUGGAAAAGAACAAGAUGCAGGAGCCUCUGUUCCAACCAACGUAGUGCUAUCCCUUGCAGAAAGUCUAUUAGACGAAGGGAGGACAGCGAUAACUGAUAAUUAUUAUACGAGCUUGGAUCUAGCUAACAAAUUGUUAGAAAGAAAGACACAUCUUUUAGGAACCCUGAGAUCGAAUAGGCGGGGAAACCCUAAGGAUGUAACCCAGAAGAAAUUGAAACUCGGAGAGAUCAUUGGAAGAGAAAAUGCUGAAGGAAUAUGUAUCAUGAAAUGGCGGGAUAAACGGGACGUUCUACUCCUUUCGACGAAACAUAUAGAUUCAUUGGUUGAGGUAAAUAUCCACGGAGAAAAAAAAUACAAGCCAAAGGCGGUCAUCGACUAUAAUAAAGGAAAAAGUUCAAUAGAUAUUUCCGAUCAAAUGGCUUCCUAUAAUUCAGCUAUAAGAAGAACGAUGAAGUGGUACCGCAAAGUGGCUGUUGAAGCAAUAUGA